CUGCCGUACAACGACAACAUAACACACCUACAUUCAGGUGCUCUAACAACACAAGCUCUUGGAGUUCCCUUUUCAACUGAUGAGCUCUGGCCGUAUGUCUUCUUGCCAAACGUUCUCUUUGUAUUGCUUUCUAUGAUGAUGUUCGCCUUUGCUCGCGCAUCGCUAGCUGCCUAUCACGGAGUCGCCAUCGAUGACGCUUCGAUUGAAGCGGAACUCAAAAUCUGUGAAGAUGGCUUGAGUAAGAAGAAUAAAAAGGCAAAGGGAGAGGACAGCCCCAUAAAAACGGAACAUGACUCGAUAACUGUGAUUUUUAUGCCAUGGAAGUCAAACGAUGCAACUUCGAGAGUUAUACGACAAGCUGCUUGGCUUGGAGUGAUGGUUAAGAUUGCCUAUGUCUUUACUGGUGCGCGAUGCCUACGAGCAUUCAGCACUUAUGUUCUCUACGGUUUGGGUGGAUGGAGCUUCCAAGGGGCUCUUUAUGGUUCCUUCGUCACAAGUCUUCUCCGGCUUCCCUUCACUCUCAUUCCUGUAUUUCUCGUGGAUCGUCUAGGCCGACGUCUCUUAAUGAUCUCAUCAACGGCUGUCUCCAUUCUUUCACUGCUUACUAUGAUGGUUGCUAUCGAUCUUGGCCCCAAUUUCAAGGUAGCCACGCUUAUCGGUCUCUCUGUGUUGUUGCUGAUUACCGCUUGUGGAAUCGGCUCGGUGUCGAGAUUCUAUGCUGCGGAAUUGGUGCCAAGAAAUCUACUUAUAUCUUCCGUUUCAAUU